AUGUUCAUAGUCGUCCAGUUCCACGAGCAGCUGAAAAUGGAAAUCCAAGAUGGCCGACAAUUUAAGCCGUUCAAAGAAACUUACCGCUAUUGUUUCUUUGCAUUGGCAAUAUCCUUAUUCUAUCCCAACAAAAACAACGUGAAGCAGCGAAUAAUUAUUAUUAUACUUUUAACUUGCAUCCACUCUUUUAUGCUCUCGUGGUUUUUUAUAUACACGAUAAAAUGUUUGCUCGCGUUGGAUUUGUUCAACACGGCCAGAAAUAUUACUUUGGGUGUCCUCAUUUCUUUGUACUUUAUCAAAUUCUUCUACAGUAUUUACAAGACGAAAGUAUUUUGUAAGGUGUUCGAUAAAAUCUCGAGUGAUCUCGACAAAGCCAACACCAUGAAUGGGUGCUGCCAGGAGAUCGUUAAGGAGUACAUAAAGAAGGCAAAAGUGGGGGAGAUAAUAUGGAUUUUUAUUCCGAUUCUGUUAACAGCCCAAUUUCCGCUUUAUGCUGCUGUAAGGAACGCUUAUUACACUUUAAUCAGCGAUGAAAUACAAAGAGUGAUGGUGCACGAGACGGAUCUCAUGGGGAUAGAGGAUAAGCAGUAUGAGACUCCGUAUUUCGAGGUUAUAUUCGCAUACAAUUCGUCCCAAGCUGUUCAAGUAGGUAUUAGUUUCAUAGGAUUCGACGGCUCCUUCUGCAUAGCCUCUACGCAUUUGCGGCUUAAACUUAAGCUGCUGGUUCAUAAGAUGAAUGCCGCGUUCAACAGAGCAGUGAGUAGAGAUGAUUUGAAAACUAAACUGAAAGAAAUCAUCAGAGGUCACCAAGAAGUUCUGGAGUUCCAUCAGGAUUUGCAAAACGGAUACGGCGGCUGGAUGUUCAUGAUAUUUGGGAUGACUUCUAUCACUAUGGCUUUAAAUCUGUACUUGAUAUACGUGCUACAGAAGAUGGAUCCGAAAUACGUGACGUUUACUAUAAGCUGCAUAAUUCACAUGUUAACGCCAUGUUACUAUAGCAGUCAAAUUAUCAAGGCAAGUGAAGAAACAGCGGUGGACUUUUUUUGUGUGAACUGGGAGAAAUGGGAGGAUAACUCCAUCACCAAGAUCCUUAUUUUCAUGAUUGCGCGUGCGCAGCAGCCCAUGGUGCUGACCGGGAUGGGCGUGGUGUACUUCGACAUGCAGCUGUUCAUCUCUGUCAUGCAGUUCUCUUAUUCCUUCUUUACUCUUAUCACAAAUUAA